AUGUCUGCUCCACUUGGUCUCGCUGUCGUGGGGACGAACUGGAUCACCAACUCUUUUGUGCAAUCAUGCCAUGAGAGCAAACUGUUUACCCUCACUGCUGUGUAUUCAAGAAAGCUCGAUACAGCAAAUAAUUUCAUCUCUGAAACUCCCUCAAUCAAAGAUGCUUCUGGAGUGGAAGCUUACGAUGACCUGGACACCAUGCUGUCCAAAGGUUCCAAUAUCGAUGUCGUGUACAUCGCGUCACCCAACUCGCUGCAUUAUGAGCAGGGUAUCAAAGCUCUGAAUGCUGGCAAACACGUCAUCAUGGAAAAGCCCUUCGCCUCCAACAUGAAAGAGCUCGAAGCUCUUUACAAGCUCGCCGAUUCAAAAGGUCUCUUCAUUUUAGAGGCUUAUCGUCAUAUUCAAGAGCCCAACUUCAAAACACUCCAGAGGCUACUUGAUGAUGAGAAGAUUAGGAUGGAGAAGUUUGGGAAGGUUUAUGGCGCAAGCCUCUCGAUGGCAGUGUAUUCCCCAUUGUUCGGAGACAUCACAGAAGGCAACGUUCCAAAUGUUGCAUCCCCUAAGUUCAGUGGAGGCUGUCUAUGGGAUAUGGGUUGCUAUCCUGUCACUUUCGCUGUCCGACUCUUUGGCAAACCCUCAUCUCAGACAUAUUUCCCUGUCAUUCUCGAAACAGGUGUCGAUGGCGGUGGUCUCAUCGUGUUCCAAUACACGCCCGAGUCUUCAAAGCACCAGCAGAGCUUUACACUAUCGGCCCGCACAAGCAAGAUUUAUGACUCGCAUGCACCAACUGAGAUCUACUGUGAGAAGGGAACCAUCAAGAUCUUUGGUGGUCAGGCUUCCAAUGUUACAGACAUCUGCACUCUAGAGUUCAUCCCAAGAGGAUCUCAAGAGUCUGAGGAGUUGGGAGAUACUAGCCCUGAGUAUACAGAUAUGUUGAACUUGACUUGGGAGGCCAAGGAGCUUGGGCGUAUCAUUAAAGACAGUGAUCGUGAAGCUGAAGCUGACUUGAGGGCACUCAGUCGAAGCGUUCUCACAGUGAUGGAGGAUAUGAGGAGAAAGAACGGCAUUGUGUUUGGUAGUGAUUGA